GACGGGAGAGAACUCCAAAAGCUCGGUGGUAACAGAGGAAGGAAGUGGGAAGUAAAAGGACAGGAAGAUGGAGUGGGUGUUGUAGGAGGAGGAAGAAGAAGAAGAAGAAGAAGAAGAAGAAGGAGAAGAGAGAAGAUUAGUUCCCGAAAGGGGCCUCCUUUCCCUCUGUUUCCUCCUCUUUCCGGUCCCCCUCCUCCUCUUCAUUCCCUCCAUACCGUUCCGUGAGUCUCCAUCUCUCCUUUCAGAUCUCCAUCCCUCCCAAUUUUCCUUGCCUCAGAAAAGAAGAGGCUUUGUUUUUCUUUUGCUCUCGAAAAAAAUCUGAGCGAUUCAGAAAAGGUGGGAUUUUUUCCUUCUGUUUCCCGAUCGCACGGGAGGGGAUCCGAAGGAGAUAGGUGCGGCGGCGAGUAAAGCGGGAAUCUUUUACCCGAUUUCUUCGUGCCCGCGGGCUAAUUCUCGUGAUCGGUGAUUCACUGCUUCUGCUGGUGGGCAUACUAGAACAUACAACAAGAUUUGAUUUUUGUGGGUUUACUUUUUAUUUUUUCUUUUUUGUUCCUAAGCUUGUAUCCGAUCUAUGCACAAGUAUUGUAGAUCGCGUUACACAGAAAAAAAGAUCUAAACUUUCCAUUCUGGUUCGUUCUUACUCUUUCUUUGUGGUCGAAUUUACGUCUUAGGGAGGAGAUAAGGAGGUCUUUUAGUGGUCAAAUUGCAGGCUUUGGGUUUGGCCUUGGAGUUAUGUUGGAGGGGCGCUCCUAUUUGAUAUCGAGGGUGUUCAGAAGCUCCUGUGAGCAAGAAUCCGAUUGGCAUUGCAUGGAUUACCAUAUCCACGAGUCAUCGGACAACAAGAAGCGUCCGCUGGACGAGGAAUUUGAAGAACAACAGCUAGAAGACCGGGUCAAGAGGAAUAAAUCGCCGCAGCUCCCUGAUACCCCUGACAUCAAGGAUAUGCAGUUGCUUCUUGACAAUUCGUAUCACCGUGGCCGGGAGCAUGGUGAUUCAAGCAUUGUCAGUCAGCUUGGCGGGGAACUGAUAGUCAGCUGCCUUCUUCGCCUUUCUCGGUCCGAUUACGGUGCCGUCGCAUCGCUCAACCGGAUGUUCCGCUCUUUGAUCCGCAGUGGGGAGCUCUACCAGCUGCGCCGCAAGAUGGAUAUCGUCGAGCACUGGGUCUACUUCUCCUGCAGCGUCCUCGAAUGGGAGGCUUAUGAUCCAUACCGUGGGCGCUGGAUCACGGUUCCUAAAAUGCCCCCCACCGAGAGCUUCAUGUGCUCCGAUAAGGAGUCCCUCGCAGUGGGCACCGAGCUCCUUGUUUUUGGAAAGGAGGUGAAUUCCCAUAUCAUACUGAGAUAUAGCAUUUUGACUAACUCCUGGUCUCGUGGUGUGGUUAUGAACUCGCCUAGGUGCUUGUUUGGAUCCGCUAGCCUCGGAGAGAAGGCCAUUGUAGCAGGAGGAACCAAUGCUCAGGGUGAUAUACUGAACUCUGCAGAGCUUUACAAUUCCCAAACACAGACCUGGGAGACCUUACCUUGUAUGAACCAAGCAAGAAAGAUGUGCUCGGGGGUAUUCAUGGAUGAAAAAUUUUAUGUCAUUGGUGGAAUGGCUAGCAACACAAAGGUACUGACAUGUGGGGAAGAGUAUGAUCUGAAGCGAGGUUCUUGGAGUGUGAUCCCUAACAUGUCUGAUGGACUUAACGGUGCGAAUGGUGCACCUCCACUUGUUGCUGUGGUGAACAAUGAGCUUUAUGCAGCUCACUAUGCUGAUAAGGAGUUGAGGAAGUAUGAUAAGGUGAAACAUACAUGGGUCAGAUUGGGAAGCUUGCCCGAAAGCUCUGUCUCAAUGAAUGGUUGGGGGCUUGCAUUCCGUGCCUGCGGUGAACGGCUAAUAGUGAUUGGUGGAAGGAGAGGUUCUCUUGGAGGGAUGAUUGAGCUCAAUUCAUGGAUUCCAAAUAGGGGGCCACCAGAAUGGAACAUGAUUGCAAGCAAGCAUUCAGGCAACUUUGUUUAUAAUUGUGCUGUGAUGGGCUGCUGAUUGAUCUGAUUUUUUUAGACCUGUAUUUUACUUCCCCUGGAUGGAUGCUCAGCGUCAGCUUGUUAGUGGGCUCAAAGUAUAAAUUCUGCCUAAUGGGUGAUAACUGGCUUUCCUGAAUUCCAAUUAGACUGAAAAUUCAGUA